AGUUUUGAUAGCCGGUGAGGUGCGUCGCCGGCGUCAGUGGCUAACAAAUGGAUUACAAAGAAAGUUAAAGUUUUAGUUCUACUUUGAUUUCCACGAUCGAUAAAGCAUGUUUCCUCUUGCAAUGAAAGAAUCUAAUCUCAGAGUAUCUUAAAGGCAAAUUCUGAAUUCUAGUUUUCAGAAUUGUAUUCAAGUUUGUCCUCGUACAAAUGGUACUUUUAUUCGGCAUCAGCUUUUAAAACAGUAGACAAAUAGACUGGCUAAGUCUAUAGUAGUGACGAUAUCUUAAUUCUUGGGUUGAAAAAAGAGGGCUGAUAAGUAGUAUAGACGCAUCGGCAGUUAUUUGUUUUCUAGUUUUCACCCGAGUUUUCGCUGAACCAAAACAAAACGAAGUAGUUCAAGUUUAGGGGGUGGAGCGCCCUCACCUCUUAAAUUAUCAUUACCGCAUAUGAAAUAGUGCUGAACGGCUGAGAUUCUCCAAAACUUCCUGUCAAUCGCUAGAAUAGAUAGAACUUAACUUGAGGUUGUUUUUCUCGCAUCCCGCGAUCACUUGAGGUUGUCACUCUUGAACCGAUUAAAUCUGGUCUUGAUCUAAGGUCCAGAUUUUUUCCGGCAAUGACAUCGUGAGUCACGCUUAGCCAGUGAUCGUAUGGCUGACUAAGAAAGUGAAGAAUAGAUUUGCUUUGGGAAUUUAGUUAAGUUUAAUUCAAGGUUCCAGCUAUAUCAGUUUUGAAAAGGAUACACCCCCAAAACGUGGGUUUGUUGUUUUUUUUUUCCGUAAACGGCGUAAACUCUCAAAAUGUCUUCUUCCUGUUAUGGAACCAGCAAAAUAUCCCCAGGGCUUGUUCUCCAAAAAGUAAUAUUUUAUCUAUCGAGGACCUCCGUAAGGUGUGCUAUAUGUCUCCAUCAAUGUUAAAUACAUCUGGAAAGAUUCCAGAUUUCACUCUGGAGGUUUUAGUCAUACAAUAGUAUGAACAAAUAAAUGAUCAUAUCCGAACAAUUUAUUCAAAAAAUAAAAAUUCUGUGAUAAACAAACUGGAAAAACAUUAGAACAUCUUUCGUUUCAGUUUCGACCUCUUUCCGAUAGCCAUAAGUGCACGCGGAUAUCAUUGUAUGUUGUUUUCUCAAUGUAUGUAAGUGAUAGCCGUUGGAGAACAAACAAUUGAAACUCCUCCGCUUUGUCGAAGCCUCAAGGAAACAAAAAAUAGUUUAAGAAAGUGAACCCGCGAAAUAGUCGAUGGUAAAUGACUAAAUUGAAAUAGGCAACAACGAAAACGAGCCCAUUCAGUUUAGUCCGAGAUAACAAGCACUUCAGUCGAGAUAGAUAGGUUCAACAUGUUACUGCUAUCGCUGUAUUUAGCAAACUUGAAAAAAAAAUGUUCCUAUGAGAAAAUGAUUUUGAAGGAAAGAGGUGAAACACGCCACAUGAAUGUUUUCUUUUAGAAAGCGCUUAAUGUUUGCAAGUCUUGCUAAGAUAUCGUUAUUAUCUUUGCCUUAUCCAUGCUUCUGUUGGGCCUCAAAAAACUGAACCUGUCAAUCAGUCUACUAAAACUGACUUCUGCCUUUUAACGAAAAGAUUAUCUCUCUAUAUAUUAGGUACUAUAAGUAAAGCUUUUCCAGAUCUACACACUGAUAGAUGCGAUCACUUUCCACUGGAAAGUAUCUAGAGCACGCAAACAAGAUGAAAACAUAAUUGAAAAGGAAUUUGAAUGCCAAAAAUGUCAAAUUGGAAGUAUGUGGAGAAGUCAGUUGAUCUUAUGUAAGCGGAUAAAGGAGAACGUACAUGCAUUUGAAAUAAACUACGAGUUUUGAGAGAAUUUCAAGUAUAUGUACAUUAAGAUAGGGACGAUUACUUGAAACAAGUAAAACUCCAUAAAAUAAUCUCGAUCGUCUUAAUUGCCCGGGGCUUAAUUGCCGCCAAAACUACGAUUAACUUUAUGGCUGUAUAGUGCUAAAUAAUGGGUUGCACUUGCAGCUAAAUUUAUUAUCUCAAAAGCUUCGGAAAAAAAAAACUGGUAAGUUAAAUUGUAAAGACGCAAUUUCAAAAAGGAUGUUUUUGUCGUGUACAUAUACCAAACCACUUCAGUUUUGUUAAGUUCGGGAAUCCGGCUGUUACAAAAUAAAUGUCACGGCUUACUGACCCACGCGUUGUUGGAACAAAAGAUAUUUUGCACUUCUUGUUUGCUUCGUCGUUAACUGAAGGGACAUUAAGUCUUGAAUUUAUUUCAGGAAAGAGGGUAUGUAAAUAUAAUCAUGAAAUGAAGACAAACAUUGAAGUAAAUGAUGAAUAAACGCUUUGUUUACAGAUUCUUCCACGUAAUUUUAUUCUAUACAACGGUUCAUGUUUUGUCGGCAGAUCUGUGAAACUUUGUUAUCUUUUCCACGAACCCAAAUUGCUGUUCAUUAAACACUUAGGUGUUUUAAAAAUAAGCUUUUAAAUUAAAUGAACGCACUGCAGUUUCUUACCAGAACAAUCGCAAUCCAUAAGUCUUGUUGAAAGGUGAGAUUUUACGAUCGUUUUGAUAGUAAUACUUCUAAAAACUUGCUGAACCAUCAGCAAUUAGUGCCAUUGUGACUUGUAAUGUUUUUAGAUGCUUACCUUUAUGUUGAUUUUGCCUUAUAUUUUCGACCUUACCAUCGGCAUAAAAUCCUUGUUUUGACUUAAUGGCAGGAAAAAAAUACCGUAUAAUUCUUUUAUUUUCUUCUUUAAUCUGUAAAAACAAUUAAUUAAAUUCGUGCGUAGGCCCGUGCAGCAUCCCCUUGUAAGCUGGUUCCGUUUUACCACUCAAAUAUCAUAUCAGACAGCAAGCUAGGGAAAACUUUCAUAAGCAUGUUAUCUAUCCAUUGGCCUUAAAAGCUACAGAAACACUCUUGAAAGAAAGUUCACGUUUCUUCCUGUUUUGACACGCUGAUCUCGUUCAUUGUUUUAUUGUGGGCGUAAUGGGACCAUGUGACUUACAAAUCUAAUCAAAUUUCUUUUAACAAAGAAUAUAAAAUGAGAACUGACGUUCGCUUAAAAUCUUCAGAACGCUUGUUAACUUCUCGCUGGUUUCAAUGAAGAUGCUGUGCUUGAGGGUAACGUUCGUGUUCUUAUUGAGUAACUCCAUUGUUUGCCAAGUAUUCAGGUCUGAAUUUCAAGGUCAUAACACAGGCUCGCUGAAAGCAAAUGGGGAGGACAGCUUCCAAGUUAUUGCACAGCAGUUGCCAAGUACUUCUGAAAAAAUUUCUUCAAACAGAACAAGGGAUGUACCCACUGGAGACGCCGAUCCUAAUCAACUCCUCUCAAUUCGAAGUGAAAACGUCCUAGACACUCACGAAUUUUUGAAGUACAAGAGGAAAAGUAUCGUGGGUUCAGAUGAUAGAAUUCAUGUAAAACCAGCAAAGACCCAAAUCAUGCCUUUCAAAGCGGUCGUGAAAGUGAAGAUGAGCGCCCAAGCGGGAUCAUGCUCUGGCAUCCUGAUUGGCCCGCGCCAUGUCUUGUCUGCUGCUCACUGCUUUCACGACGGCAACAGGUCUUUAACGCCACUUCGCGCCUUAAAAAUUGGCAUUCUGCAGCGUAAUGAACGUUUCACUUUAUACUCUGUCGAAGACGUGUUCCUACCGCGCGCUUUGUACCAGGCAAGGCGUGUGAAUCCGGAAUACGAUUACGCCGUCUUGACCCUCCAGCGGCCUCACGGACGACCGUUUCUUCAGAUCGUAGCCAUGUCAAUGAGGAAUCUCCUCCGGUUUACGACAAUGCACUUUGCCUGCUUCCCGAACGACAAGCUAGAAAAUACGAUGUGGUACUCGUCGUGCCCCGUCGGUUGGCAGCCGACCAACACCACUUACCGAACUGUAAUCAUGAAUAAGUGUGACGCCGCCGGCGGCUGCUCGGGAGCCGGCGUUUAUGUGGUGGAUCACAGGAGUGAUAAUCGAUAUGUAAUUGGAGUCUUGUCGAGCACAGUCAACAAGAAACCGAAGAAUGUCGUAACACGUUUGACGUCUAAGAAGGUGAAAGAAAUAUGCCGUUGGAUUGGAUGGUUGAAAAAAUCAGGAUGUCGUAGAAGCACCAGUUAACCAGGAAACGAACUUGCCCUGUGUUGGCCAUUAGAAUAAGAGGCAUUAUUUUUUUUUUGAAUGAUGAAAUUAAAAUAAAGAACUAAUCACGAACAGAUGAUAAGAAAUGUAAAAUAUGUUUUUCUUUUCUUGAGAACAAUUAAAAGAAAUUAAGACGUUGUCGACGUGAUUUUUUUGCUGUUAGUCGUUUCUUGCCCAAAUAUUGAUGAAAUCAUUAACAGAAAUUAUUCGAACGAUUUAUCGACAUGGUUUAUUGAUGUUUGAAAAAAUCAUUCAAAUUGCUCUAGGGUAUUGAAAAUUUAAACAUUAAAUACUUGUUAAGGGGAAAUGCAGAUUGUGAAAAUCGGUUUCUGCCGAUUUUGUCAUCGUUUUACCUGGGGCAAAUAAAUUCACUCAACGACACCGUCAGUGGCCUGUGGAACUCUUUCUUCCCAAACUCAAUAUCUGAAUAUUUCUGAAUUUAUACAAGACACAAAGUUCUGAUUGUAGGUUGUGCACUAACUCAAUAUAGAAUCGACAGAAGGAACAUGAAGCCUUAGUAAAGCCUGUGUUCCAAACUGCGGAGAAAAAUAGUUGAAUUCUUGGCGAGUAUAAACGGUCCUGAGAGAUAAGGGGCGGGUUUAUUCCUAAGCUAGCGUGAAAACUGAUGGCAAAAGAGUUUAAGCGUUUUUUUUUUUUUUGAUUCAUUAAUUUUCUCUCUUUCCUUAAAUCAAGGGGAAAGCGUCAUUACUCGCAUUUUCGUAUAGUUUCGACAAUGACGUACAGAUAGAGUCGUUUCGCCAAUGGCGCGACUUGGUUUGAGGAUGCACUUUCAACGUUUUUAUAACCUCUUUGCUUCCCCAUGCAAGUUGUUUGAUUUAAAUAGCUUUGUUUGAUGACGAGCGGGUGUUUUGGCUGUAUACCCAGGUGACCGCUUUCACUGAGAAAGAGGUGUCGUUUUGAGACCAUUAGCUACAUUUUAGUUAUCAAGGUUUGGCCGGAAGGCGCAGGAAAGUCACCUCGGCUAUGUAUGUAUGCUUGACCCUUGGCGUGCGCUUUGGAGGAAAUGGUGCACUUACUCAUCAACGUCUUACACUGAGAGUCCACAUUGGGAGAAUAAGAGAGGUUCAAAUGGUAUACUCGUGAUGUUACGUUUUCUGAUUGAUCUCCUCAUCCACAAAUAAACCAACCUUUCUGGCAUUUCCCAAAAAGCAUAGAAUACUCUUAAGAGUGUUCAAUAAGACUUUCCAUCAAAAAUCUGUACAAAUCUCAGACUGCUUUGCAAUUAUAUUAAUUAGUCAGUCUGUUCAAGACCGUUCCCGGCUGCCGGUCAUAUAAACGCCACCUCGUCUUGAGGCACUUCUUUGCACCACCGUGCAAAUAAAGUACGCGAAUUAUUUCCAUGUUUUGACAAUUCAACUCCUCUGUUACGGUUUAGGCAUGCUAUUUAUUUUGCUUCACGCGCUGCACUCUUCGUCGCACUCAAACAAAGACAGUAAGCUACAGUACUUUGACUGCUUUCGAUUGUUAAGAGCCAGUGCCCAUAAUUAUGGACCAAACAACGGCACAAGUCGAAAAAU